AUGGUGGCACUCUCGUCUAACCGCGUGGCGGAGGCGUGGCUGUCCGCCUCGUCACUCCUUACAGCUGCUUCGGCUGACUGCUUGUCUCGGUCCAGUCGCACACUGGGUGGUUAUUCUGCCUCAACGCCAGUCACGGAGUCGUCUUCAUCGCCUUCGUCGUUUUGCGUCGUCACGUUGACGACCUGCUCUGGCACAACCUUUACCGUCACAGGAACUGUCACGACCAGCCAAACGCCGAUUACCCAGGCCAUCCUAGAGACUUCUCUGUCGAUCUGCACAGCGCCGACCACAACGGCCACGGUUAAUUCUGAGUUAUCUGAGACCCAGACAGAGGUUAUAACGGAAGUUGCCGUCAGUACCUCCGUGACGGUCACCACAAUCACGACAGCCUCGAAAAGCACCGUGGCAGCCCCAAGUGACUUCGUCCCCAUCAGGGACAGCGCACCCGGGGCCUGCACUACAGCCACAACGACCGUGACGACCAGCACCGGCGCGCCUGGCGAGACAACCACCAUCACCAGCGUGCAAGUCGACCAGUCGACCACAGUCCCGCAGGCCACGGUCACUACCAUGUCCACAAGUACAAUUACACAGCCGGUGACGGAGCUCAGCACGUCCGUGACGGUAUCGGCCUCGACCACAUAUAUCUACACGGCCACGACGACCUCGUACGCGGCCUGCGCCACCCACAACCUGAUGAACGCGUACAGGCAUGCCACCGGCAACGGCGGCGCCGCCUUCAUCGUCUACACCGACCCCGACCAGGGCGCCCAGUUCGAGCGCGUCGAAGGCCUGACACGGGGCGCCAUCGAGUGCUGCGAGGUCUCCGUCAGCAACCCCAACACGUGGGGCUUCUACUGGGUCUACUCGACAAACGCCUGCAUCAGAGUCUUCAACCCUAUCAUUUGUCCCAAGGCCAACCUCGGCGCCCAGCUCCAGCCACACGUCGGGCCGUAUUCGCCCAACUACAUUUUCGGCAACGGGAAUUGCGGUCGAAUCAAUGACGUAGUGAUUGGGUAA